GGUCGCUCUUUACAUAGUACAGCCCUACAGCUAACAGCAACUUGUCUUUUUGACCUUUAAACUGCAGCCUGCGACCUUUUACUUUACAACUUGAACCUAUAAAGAAGAGAUGCCGUAAGAUCUGGAAUACUUACAAUUCUCAACCUUUAUUUACUGAAAUUUCUAUGAGUUUGCGUGGUCGUUGUACAUUAGUUAUCUACUUAAAAGCAACGCUCAAUCAACCUGUAACGACUGCCUCUUAAUUGUAAUACCGUAACGAUGGAUAUGCGAAACAACCUCUUCGGCAGAGGGCCCCGUGGCGGAUUGCCCGGGCGCCAGGUCCAACAAGACCAAGGCGGCUACAGCCAAGUCCCCCAAAACCGACCACCACGAGACUACACCGGCCCUCCUGAAUACGAUCCCCGAGCCGCCUACGGUGCGCCGGCGCCGUCGCCAGGAUACGGCGGGAACAAUAUGCCGCCUCAACAGAGGAACACUCGACCUAGCGCCCCUGCCGGCAGGCCGGUCCAACUUAGACUAGCAAAAUUAGAGAAGGGCGACAUGGCCCAACAGUACAUCUUCAGCAACCUCUGCGCCGUUUCCCCCCAAGACUUCCCUCCUGAUCCGUACGGCAAGGACCUACAUAUUAUAUUGAACGGAAACUUCGUCGUGACCGCUCGCCCGACCGAGUACAUCCCACCCGGCUGCAUAAGUCUGUCCGACCCGCAGCGAACAUGGUGCGGAAUCAGUAUGACAGACGUCGUUAUUGGCGAGAGAUACGACCAUAAGGUUCCCCUCGGCGCUAUGGAUAUCGAGGUCGGGUUCGCGUCCCAGAGAAAGGUCACAGAUGUACCAUACGACCAAGACGAACUUGCAGACAAUUUCACCAAAAUGUUCCAGGGUCAGAUCUUCGCCCCUGGUCAACGGCUGUUGAUGGAUUACAGGGGAAUACCACUCAUGUUCGUCAUAAAGACGGUCCAGCUGCUUGAACUGCUCGGCGGCGAGAAAGGCGAGUCUGGCGAAUCUUCCUCGAGCCCUAAUACGCGGGGUUUGUUGGUAGCGGAGACCUCUGAGAUCAAUUUCUUUAAAGACGCCAAGAACCCUAUCAAGCUGAAGGGCUCGACGAAAAGACCUGCCACUAACGCUAUCCUCCGACCGGACUUCAAGUUCGCUGACAUGGGUAUCGGUGGUCUCGACGAUGAAUUUAGUACCAUUUUCAGACGUGCUUUCGCAUCUCGUGUCUUCCCCCCAGGUCUAGUUGAGCAGAUGGGCAUUUCUCACGUGAAGGGUGUCCUGCUGUACGGCCCGCCGGGAACGGGUAAAACGCUCAUCGCUAGACAGAUCGGCAAGAUGCUGAAUGCUAGGGAGCCGAAGAUUAUCAACGGCCCGGAAAUUCUAAAUAAAUACGUGGGUCAGUCGGAAGAGAACGUCAGAAAGAUGUUCGCCGAUGCGGAGAAAGAGUACAAGGAGAAGGGCGAGGAGAGUGGCCUACAUAUCAUUAUCUUCGAUGAACUGGAUGCCGUCUGCAAACAGAGAGGGAGUGGGUCCGGGGGUACUGGUGUCGGCGACAGUGUCGUCAAUCAGCUUCUGUCGAAACUGGACGGAGUGGACCAGCUUAACAAUAUCUUGCUUAUUGGUAUGACCAACCGGAAGGACAUGAUCGACGAUGCGCUAUUGCGACCGGGGCGUCUCGAGGUGCAUGUGGAGAUUUCGUUGCCGGAUGAGCAUGGCCGAAUACAGAUUCUAAAUAUCCACACUUCUAAAAUCAGGGCUAUCAACAAACUUGGUGACGAUGUCAGCCUAGAUGAGCUUGCCCACUUGACCAAGAACUAUUCAGGUGCUGAAAUCGCUGGUCUCGUCAAAGCAGCUCUGUCGUAUGCUUUUACCAGGCAUACAAGGCUCGGAGAUGUUACCGGUGUUAGCGGUAAUCCUCAAGACGUGAUGUUGACGCGGGCCGACUUCAUGAGGGCGUUAGAAGACGUCAAGCCAGCCUUUGGUGUAUCGGAAGAAGAAUUGAGCGGCGCCGCGCCGUAUGGAAUCAUUGAUUAUAGUCCGCAUAUCCAGUCCAUCCUCUCCACUGGUCUUAGCUUCGUCCAGGCCGUCCGAACAUCUGAGAAGUCUCCUUUGUUUUCCGUCUUGGUUCACGGCCCCCACGGAGCUGGAAAGACUGCAUUGGCAGCAGAAAUUGGGCUGAAGUCCGAAUUCCCGUUCGUCAAGUUGGUUAGGCCGAUCGACGUAGGAACCAACGAAGGUGCUAAGCUCGAGCAUCUGCGGCGAACAUUUUCUGAUGCUUAUAAAUCCGCCCUCUCUAUCGUGAUUCUAGACAGCGUCGAGAAGAUCAUCGACUGGAACCCGAUUGGCCCCCGGUUUUCCAACGCGGUUGUACAGUACUUAGGCGCCGUGCUCGAGACCCGCCCACCCAAGGGCCGUAGACUUCUGAUCAUUGCCACGACAAGUCAACGAUCUAUGCUCGACCAGCAUGGAGUGUUUGCGUGGGACAGAGAGAUCGCAGUACCAGCUGUCAAAGACCACCGUGAGCUCCAGGCCCUGCUGGCCGCAUCGGGCAAGUUCAAUGGCCCUGUCGAUAUCAACGAAGCUCUCAACGAGCUACAAACCCUGACGGGCGGCCAAGAUGUUGGUAUUGGUGUCAAGGCCGUGUUCUCGGCGCUCGAGACGGCGGCCGUAAGGGAUCCGAUGCCGAUAAGUUUGGCAGAGGAUAUUAGUGCCAUUAUGGCUGCGCGGAAUCCACAAGGAUACUAGGAGGUUUGUUCUGA